GGGAGAUAAGACCACCCGUUGCCUUCGACCAAGUUUGACGAUGUCGUUUGUUUCCUACAUGUUUGUUUUCUGAGAAACAUUUCCAUAAAUAGUAAAUACAACUAACUGAACUGUCUUCUUUUCUCUCUUUUACAUGGAACUGGCAUGGUGUUGCAGUCACACAUCUUCAACAGCAUUGUUAUGUCAACAAUUGUGGCCAACACUAUAAUUAUAGCACUUGAAAGCUCAAGAUCGUUUUCUAUCAAGCAUCUUACAGAAUUCAAGGCUCUCUCUCUUAUUUUCACAGAGAUAUACACCCUCGAAGCAAUCCUGAAGAUUUAUGCAGAACCCAGAGGCUAUUGGAUGUCCAGGUACAACAGAUUCGACUUUGCAAUCUUGGUCAUCGGAUACAUUCAAGAGUUUCUGACGGUCGUUGGAUUGAGAGUCCAGCUGACCUUCCUACGCGUACUUCGGGCAUUGCGUGCCCUGAGGGCAUUGCGAGGGAUCGCGUUUGUACGCGCUUUACAGGUCAUUAUCAAUGCAUUCAUCAAGACUAUCAAACAAGUUGUCCAUCUUCUUCUCCUCUUGCUGGUGAUCAUGUACAUAUUUGCGAUCUCUGCAUAUCAUUUCUUCGGUUCCGGAGAGACAAGGCCCCCAAACCCUUAUUGGAACAGUUUGGGAAAGUCUAUGUUGACGCUUUUCAGCUUCGUCACGGCAGAUGGCUGGACAAAUUUUGCAGAUAGUUUGGAGUCCAAUGGAUUUGGAUACGGUGUGAGAGUCUUUUCGAUCAUAUUUAUCUUCAUCGGUAAUUUUGUAUUCACGAACUUGUUCAUCGGAAUUAUUGUUCAAAAUUUGGAGGAAUCCCAAGAUGAAGAGAAGGCAUAUCAGGACCAAAUUAAGCGAGACUUGUUCUUCAAGAAGAAAGCCUUCAUUCUGCAGAGAGAGGCUCUCUCCAAGGACAAGUCACAAGAGGGACUAUUAGGAGCAGGUCAUCACAGUAAGCAGAUGGGCAUCAGCGAAAUCCUGUCAUCAAUUUUACAAAAGCUGCGGCAUGACGACCUGUUUCCGAUCGGCACAAUCAUGUGCAACCCAUUGUGGCUACAGACCUACAUAGAGAUUCUGGAAAAUCAGACGAUGACGAUGCAAGCCUGCCAAGACCUGCACUACAAGAUCUUCGAGAACCUUGCGGCUCUGGCCGAGUCGCGUAUGCCUACCACUACUGGUACUGCCGCUGACGGUGGUGGUGGUGGUGGUCAUGGCGGCGGCAGUGGUGGAGAGGGGGAUCGUACCCGAAAUGAGGCCUUACAACGACCUGCGUCAGCGAGUGGGGCGGUGGGAAGCCACCAGAGCGACAAACUGAACGAGGAGGAGAGAAUAACACCAGAUGUUCGACCUGACUUGCGGCGCUCGCAGAGCAAUGCUACAUGGUCUUCCGGAGCGCAGACUGGAACUCCUAUUACUCAAGGAGGAGGGCAGGGAAAGGACACAGAUUUGACAUUGUGAUGGACGGGAGAGUCAUCUGGUCGAUUCAGCUGAGUACUGUAACCAACUGGGAAACAGACUUGAAUAUACAAUGUAGAAACAAGUCCGGCAGUGUCACACUUUCGGUUUCGAAAGGGGGAAAAAAACACGUGGGGCAACAACAUCGGGUGCGGAGUUUGAAAAGGGCAAUAUCCAUAAAAAUGGUUGUGGCCUGCGUGUGAUUUUCUUGCCCUUUUUUUCAAACUCGGCGAGCGAGUUUGUUGCCCUUUUACAAACUCGGGGCGCGGGUACGCCGGGUAAAGCUGCUUUUGUUGCCCUUUUGCAAACUUGGCGCGCGAGUUUGUUGCCCUUUCCGAACUUGUUUGCGCCACAACCGAACUUAUCCCUACAAUGUAGUUGAGGAUUCCAUAUCACAGCAUAACUACAUCGCAGAGUACGGAUACCUCCAUGCCACAGACCACCUCCCGCAUACUACGGAUACCUCCAUACUACAGACCUUCUCCCUCAUACUGCACUGGGAAACAGUCUGAGGGUCCGGCAGGUAAAAGUCAUCUGCAGCUGUAUCGCUGAGCCACUGGCAGACUGGUUCUUGGAUCAGUACUUUCUUAACCUCAGGUCUAUCCAUGUACGCACAGAAUCGAAACCAUCAUCCUUAGACACAAGAUCCAAGUCUCUUAAGAGUCUGAACCACUAUAGGCAUGACACAGUGCGCUACAAGCAGGGUGGAAACCAUGCUGAGCUUGAUGGGACCAUACCAAGAUGGAGAAACAGCGAAGGAUGGGAGUAUUGGGUGUUGAGUGCCAGAAGCAUAGUAGGUGAGAGCUGUUUUUUUUUUUUUUUUUUUUUGGGGGGGGGGGAGGUAGGUGUCUGUCACAGCAAACAGUGAAGGGCACAGAAAGUGGAAUCCAACACUGUUCCAGAGCUUUAGCUAUUAGCUCAGUUGGUUAGAGCACUGGCAUUGCAAAAAAGGACUCUCCUGAUCACACAGAGUUGGAGUUAGGUUAACACCCCAAUGCUAGAUAAGCAUCAGACAGAGCAGUGAUGCUCUGAUCAGGCACUCGCUAGUCAAGUGAAAAAUGUUGCAGCCGGUUAUCCUUACUUCACGGCAAGCCGAAGCCGGGUAAGGACCUCGGUGUCCAGUUAUAAAGGGAAUUUCAGUGACCAUUGUACAAGGGACGCUGGACCCGCUUUCCAGAAGGUGCUGCUCCCCACCAAGAGAUUGGAGCACCCGGUGCCAGGUUGCUACUCCUAGCUAACAAACACUGGGAAUUCAAAAAAAAAAAAAAAAAAAAAAAAAAAAAAGGUUAACACCCCACGUACUUGUGACCCAGCCUAGCACAUUCCACGAGCUGAUCAGAUACAUGAGGUCUUAAGGGGGUUGAUAGGGGGAGGACACUAUUCAAUGGGGCACCUUACAACAUUGGACUGGAUCUCGCCGCUAUUACCUAUAGGCUCUAGCACUUCAAGAUGUUGUUUAGUCGUGAUGGGCGUCUUGAGGGGUAGUGUUAGGGAAGGGAGCAUUGCUCUGUGAAGGCAUCAUCAUGGAGGGCAGUGAGUGUCCUUGUAGGGGGUGAGUGCAGCAUAGGGGUGUCGUCUACCUUGAACCGCCAGAGCUGGGUUGGAUUUGUGGGGUCCACGCCCCAUGGGCGUCAGGUCAGGGCCCCUGCCAUAGCGGUGGCAGAGUAGUUCGACAGCAGGAGGGAGCUUAGAUGAUGGAACCGUUUGAUGUUUGGAACGUUGAAUACAUACGGAGUACAUUGAGCGUCUACAGAUCACACGUGGUUCACUGGGGGUGUUCUUUCCGUCCAGUUGUCCACGGAAAAUGUUAUAUUGGCCUGAUUUUUGCUUUUUUCGUUUUUUUCUUUUUGUGUGAUAUGUAGAUGCUUUAGGGCACGUCAUGUUUCCAGUUUUUACAUGUUUGGAUCAUUAAUGAAAAAGUUGGCAUUUCGUUGGGUUCAACCGCUUUAUUUCAAAUCGGAGAGUGUUUUUGUGUUAGGUUUUUAUAGUGUUUUCAACUUUUCAUUCUUUAUUUUUUCAUUUUCUUUGGCCU